CAAGAGGCGGAACCAAGAGCCUCCAAUAGAAACAGGAAAUAAGUUUCGCCACAUCCGGAGCUGCUCUGACGCCUGCGCUGUGCGUCUGGCGGCCGGUGACGUCCGGUGAAGUCCAAGAUGGUGGCGGUCGGCUGACCCUACCGUGGGUGACGGAAGUGCUGCCUCCGCCCGCCUGUCGGCCCCGGGGAGCCCCGAGCUGCCCCGCCGCCACCGCCGCUAUGUCUGGCCUCAGCAACAAGCGCGCCGCCGGCGACGGGGGCUCAGGACCCCCAGAGAAGAAGCUGAACCGCGAGGAGAAGACCACGACCACUCUGAUCGAGCCCAUUCGUCUUGGGGGCAUCUCUUCCACGGAGGAGAUGGAUUCCAAGGUGCUGCAGUUCAAGAACAAGAAGCUGGCAGAGCGGCUGGAGCAGCGGCAAGCCUGUGAGGACGAGCUCCGAGAGAGGAUUGAGAAACUGGAAAAGAGGCAGGCCACUGAUGACGCCACGCUCCUCAUCGUCAACCGCUACUGGGCCCAGCUGGAUGAAACUGUAGAAGCUCUUCUCAGGUGCCAUGAGCGCCAGAGGGAGCUGUCUUCAGGAUCAGAGGCGCCUGGGUGCCAGGAGGGGCUAACCCGCGAUGUGAUCCCUCGAACAGACCCAGGGACAUCAGAUCUGAGGGAACCCCUGCCAAUGCAGUUUCGAACCCCUCUCAGUGAGCCAGCCUUGGCUUUUGUGGUGGCACUGGGUGCCAGCAGCAGUGAAGAGGUGGAGCUGCAGCUGCAGGGACGCAUGGAGUUCUCCAAGGCUGCCGUGUCUCGGGUGGUAGAGGCCUCGGACUGCCUACAGCGUCAGGUGGAAGAACUCUGCCAGCGAGUAUACAGCCGGGGGGACAGUGAGGCCCCUGGGGAGGUGGCACGUGUGCGCACCCGGGAGCUGGGCAGAGAGAACCGUCGACUACAGGACUUGGCCACCCAGCUGCAAGAAAAGCACCAUCGCAUCUCACUGGAGUACUCUGAGCUCCAAGAUAAAGUGACAUCAACAGAGACCAAGGUCCUGGAGAUGGAGACAACGGUGGAGGACCUGCAGUGGGACAUCGAGAAGCUGCGCAAGCGGGAACAGAAGCUCAACAAGCACUUGGCAGAGGCCUUGGAGCAGCUCAACUCUGGCUACUAUGUGUCUGGGAGCUCCUCAGGUUUUCAGGGAGGCCAGAUCACACUUAGCAUGCAGAAGUUUGAGAUGUUGAACGCGGAGCUGGAAGAAAAUCAGGAAUUGGCCAAUAGCCGCAUGGCAGAACUAGAGAAGCUUCAGGCUGAGCUUCAGGGGGCUGUUCGGACCAACGAACGUCUGAAGGUGGCCCUGCGGAGUCUUCCUGAGGAGGUAGUUCGAGAGACGGGGGAGUACCGCAUGCUGCAGGCCCAGUUCUCACUCCUCUACAAUGAGUCUUUGCAAGUGAAGACGCAGCUAGAUGAGGCCCGGGGGCUGCUACUGGCCUCCAAGAACUCCCACUUGAGACACAUCGAGCAUAUGGAGAGUGAUGAGCUGGGGCUGCAGAAGAAACUGCGCACCGAAGUUAUCCAGUUGGAAGAUACGCUGGCCCAGGUACGCAAGGAGUACGAGAUGCUGCGCAUUGAGUUUGAACAGAACCUUGCGGCCAACGAGCAGGCUGGGCCCAUCAACCGUGAGAUGCGCCACCUGAUCAGCAGUCUUCAGAACCACAAUCACCAGCUGAAAGGGGAUGCCCAGAGAUACAAGCGGAAACUUCGAGAAGUACAGGCUGAGAUCGGCAAACUCCGGGCCCAGGCCAGUGGCUCUUCCCAUUGCAUCCCCAACCUGAGCCACCCAGACGACCCUGGCCUCAAUGCCCUAGCCCCAGGGAAAGAAGAUGGUGGGCCAGGUCCCGGAGGUACCCCUGACAGCAAAAAGGAGACAGCUUCAGUACCUGGAACCGUCUCUGCUGCUGCUUCCGUGAAGAAGGAGGAGCUGGUCUCCUCUGAAGAUGAUGCCCAGGCCCAAGCCACUGGGACCCAGGGCUUGCCCUCCCGGGGCCGAGAACCCGAGGCCAGACCCAAGCGAGAACUUCGGGAACGGGAAGGGCCUGGCCUGGGGCCCCCACCUGUAGCCUCAGCUCUCUCCAGGGCUGAUCGAGAAAAGGCCAAGGUGGAGGAAGCCAAGAGGAAAGAGUCAGAACUGCUCAAGGGUCUCCGAGCAGAGCUCAAGAAGGCCCAAGAAAGCCAGAAGGAGAUGAAGCUGCUGUUGGACAUGUACAAGUCAGCGCCCAAGGAGCAGCGGGAUAAGGUGCAGCUCAUGGCAGCCGAGCGGAAGGCCAAGGCUGAGGUGGAUGAGCUUCGGGGCCGCAUCCGAGAACUGGAGGAAAGAGAUCGAAGAGAGAGCAAGAAGAUUGCGGAUGAGGAUGCCCUGCGGCGAAUCCGGCAGGCGGAGGAGCAGAUUGAACACCUGCAGCGCAAGCUGGGUGCCACCAAGCAGGAGGAGGAGGCACUGCUGUCAGAGAUGGAUGUGACCGGGCAGGCUUUUGAAGACAUGCAGGAGCAGAACGGGCGGCUGCUGCAGCAGCUGCGGGAAAAGGAUGAUGCCAACUUUAAGCUCAUGUCAGAGCGGAUCAAGGCCAACCAGAUUCACAAGCUGCUCCGAGAGGAGAAGGAUGAGUUGGGCGAGCAGGUUCUUGGCCUCAAGUCUCAGGUGGAUGCCCAGCUGCUGACGGUGCAGAAGCUUGAGGAGAAGGAGCGGGCCCUGCAGGGCAGCCUUGGUGGUGUAGAGAAGGAGCUGACGUUGCGCAGCCAGGCCCUGGAGCUUAAUAAGAGGAAGGCUGUAGAAGCAGCCCAGUUGGCUGAGGACCUGAAGGUGCAGUUGGAGCACGUGCAGACUCGACUGCGAGAGAUCCAGCCAUGCCUGGCCGAGAGCCGGGCCGCCCGGGAGAAAGAGAGCUUCAAUCUCAAGAGGGCUCAGGAGGACAUUUCCCGGCUGCGGCGCAAACUAGAGAAACAGAGGAAGGUGGAGGUUUAUGCGGAUGCUGAUGAGAUCCUGCAGGAGGAGAUCAAGGAGUACAAGGCACGCUUGACCUGCCCCUGCUGCAACACCCGCAAGAAGGAUGCAGUGCUGACCAAGUGCUUCCAUGUAUUCUGCUUCGAGUGCGUGCGUGGCCGCUAUGAGGCCCGCCAGAGGAAGUGUCCCAAGUGCAACGCGGCCUUUGGUGCCCAUGACUUCCACCGUGUAUACAUCAGCUGAACCUGAAACUCAGGGGACUUUGAAAAACCGUAUACCCUAGGGGCUGUGCCCCCCAGCUCCCUGCUCCUCCAGAGGCAGUGGCCCCAGCCUCCUUUCUAGACUCCAUGAGCUCAGCCCCUAUAUACCUAGAUGGUUUGGGGCUACUGGUGCAUGCAGGAAAGGUGGGGUGCCAUCUUUUCCAGAAAAUCAGAUCUGCAGCCUAGGGCACUCUCCCAACAUCCAACUGUGGCCUUGGGAGCUGGCCUAACCCUGUUUCUGCUGGGGAGAGAGACCCAUCCUUACCCCUAAAGGGGAAUUAAUCCUCCACUAGGAAAGGGCUUAUUGCCUGCAUACACAACCUCAGUGACGACCAGGGACCCUUUGCUUGGCAUUGGGGCCCAGGGCCCAGGAGCCUUUCUUCACCUAGGUGGCUCCAGGCCCAGGCAGGGCUUUAGCCUUCCUGUGGAGCUUUUGUGCUGAAGAACGCGCAGCCUUGGGUGUCUGCCCUAUUCAGGGACGCUCGCAGUUACGGACACUGCCUCCUCAUAGCGCUGAUUCAGGGUCAUCCAUUUCUUUAUCCAGACACGUCCCAACCCUCUUACUUCCUCCCCUGAGCACCUGGCCCUCGCCCUGCUUUCAUCCUGGUUGGUGGUCCUAUGUGGAGGUGCAGCUGGCCAGGAGGGAAGGGACAAUCUAGCACUUCCAGUCAUUCCAGGUAGAGAAUUGGCCUUCUGCUCUGUGGCUAGCCUGUACUCAGAUGCCCCCUGCGGUACCUGCCUACACAGAGUCAACAGUGAAGACAGGACCCGGCGGAGCUGGGAGCCGGCGCCGCAGAGAGCUACAGGAUCUUGUGGACUCACAGCCUCUGUUCUAGAGGUGUUGUGUAUGGGCUGCUAAUUGUUACGAAUAAAUAUCCAACCGUA